ACGUAUUAAAAGGGAGCCCUAAAAAUAAUAAACCAGUGGUUCUCGUUAUGCAUGGAAAUUUAGGAUCUUCAGCAGACUGGGUUGUAACUGGUCUCAGUAAUGGUUUAGCUUUUAUUUUGGCUGAUAGCGGCUACGACGUAUGGCUCGAAAAUAAUCGAGGGAAUACUUACUCUAAAAAUCACACGAUGUUUCUGGUAACAAGUUACGGAUUUUGGGAUUUUAGUUGGCAUGAAAUGUGAAUGUAUGAUUUGCCAGCAGUGAUAGAUUUCAUUUUACAAAUUACUGGCCAGAAGCAACUUUUCUACAUAGGUUAUUCAUAAAGAGGGACUCAGUUCUUCGUUAUGAAUUCAAUGAAACCCGAAUAUCAUGACAAAAUUCGUUUAGAAGUGACAUUUGCUCCAGCAGUAUUCCUUGGAAAUACAAAAGGAGCAAUAAAUUUGUUAUCAAAGCUAUCCUACCCUAUAGGACACUUUUUUGAGUCGGUCGGCCACGUUGAAGUCUUGCCUGCAUCACCCUUAUUGCGAGUAUUUACGAAGAAAUUCUGCGAAGAUAUAUCAUUCACGAAGCCGCUUUGUUUUAUGGUCAUAUCUUCGGUUAGUGGGCAAGA